AUGAAGUCCAAACCCCACUGGGGAGAGACAAAGCUCCGACACUCGAAUCCCAGGACGACGCCCCCAGGCGGCCUUCCAUGCUCUGCUCAAGUGCACGAUAAGCAGCAGGGAUGCAGGCAGGCAUUCCAGGGCAAGAGUAUCAUUGCGUGCAUUGCGUGCGGGGUAGGGUGGCCGGACGUCCGCAGUGUCAACGGCUGGCUCGGUGUCUUGCAAGUCGCGCUGCUGACCCUUUCGCUGCGCGCCACGAAGGACGCCUCGCAGACAAAGGCUUGCAGAGGAGGGUGCCCACUGCGCGGCAUGUGUCUUGCUUUCGUUCGAAGGGCACACCUCCGCCGGUCACGCAACGACCCACCACCCCGGCGGACCUGA